AAGCAGCGGCGGCGAGCAGUCGUCAGUCGGUCACGGCGUCCCGGUGAGCGACGUUUGUUUGUCAGUGUAUGUGUGUGUGUGUCACAGUCCGUGUGCGCGCGUGUCUGUGUGUGAGCGUUUAGUGGUGUGUGCGUGCGAGCGAUCGUUUCACCCGGCGGGGCACAGUGUGUGCCGAGUCUUAGCGUCGUACGGAAACUCGCCGCGCGACCUGAACGGCAAUAAGAGAGAUAAGAAUAAGGAAACCCGUCAGCGGCACCGCACUGCCACAACAGUCAUCGUCAACACAAAGUUUUUUUUCUUCACUUCUUCUACUCCUUUUUUCUUCUUGUUCUUCAACCACCGCACGUUUCGACGAUCGCGUGGAUCUCGAACACGCGCCCCGACGACCCUCAAUCCAGCGAGGGUCGUUUUAUUAAAUUCCGAAUCGUAUAAUAUAUGUUGACGCAAUUCCAUUAUAUUGUACACGACGACCCUUAAAUACGUACUUAAAAAAAAAAAAAUCCCCCUUUUCGAAUCUCCGUCGUCUGCUAUAAUACAUCGUUACAGUUGCAAAUUGUUAUAGAUUUCGCUGUACGAUAUUGCUGCAGUGCUGCAGGCGGCAGGAAAGACUAUAAAUAUCGCAAAAAGACAGACGGAAAUAAACACUAAGAAAGAAAAAAUAAAAUAAAAUGAUCGUAAACUUUUCGGCGCUUGUUGAACGACGAAGAAGUUACUUCUUUGAAGGGCUCGGAAGUCUUAGAAAAGUCGCAGUGGCUAAACCACCGCCGACUUUGGCGUUGUCUUCCGUUCGGCAAUGCGUUUAAAUCGUUGGAAGAACAUUAGUCGUUAGUCAGUAUGAUUUGGUCAAUGAAGUCUUCGGACAGCGGUGGAGAAGGUGGCGAAGAAGAUUCUGGCGGCGGGGGUGAAAGCACCAAGGCAGUCAAGUGGCGACGGCAUGGUCGUCAAGUUUCAACUACUUCAGCAUCAACAACUUUGGGCUGUAGAUGGAUGGUCCAAACAAUGUUCGUCUUCUUCUUGAUCACCGGCACGGCAGCCGUGCUAUCAAACUCCACGUUCAAAGGCGAACAGCAAAGCGACAUAAACGCACGCAUAGGACAGUCGGCGUUUUUACCCUGCGAAUUGGAACCGAACAACGUGACCACGGGAUUCGAAAUGACCACCCAGUGUGGGACAGUUCACUCCGUGAAAUGGUACCGAGGAGCGAGCAGGAUAUUCCUGUAUUCCGGUGGGCCUCGCACGACACAGCCUCACCGAGAAGGGUACACCGACAGGUAUGACAGAUCGUAUUGGAGUACGGAACCAAAUUCAACUUUGGGAUUUUUAGUAAUGGACAAUAUAACAGCACUCGACGAGGGUGUAUAUAAAUGUGAGAUCACGUAUACUAAAGUACACGAAGGUUGCAACAUCGUACAGUUUAUAAACCUGACAACUUACACUGACCCUGAAUCAAUCAGUGUUGGUACAUAUGCUGAAAUCGGUGAUGUUUCAGCGCAUAACUACAUCGAUCCUUCAUCAGAUUUUUACGACGACAAAAAUAGCGAUCCAAAAUUUGGUAUUAUGAAAAAAUUAACAUCUGGAGCAAUCGUGGGUCCAGUGGAUGAAGGAAAUAAAAUACGUCUAGUAUGUCGUGCAGGCCGUGCCAGGCCUAUACCCCAAGUCACUUGGUGGCAACACAGUCGUGGUCCAAUUUAUGAUACUGAUUUAGUUGAUUAUCAAUACCGCAAAGUGGAUUCCGAUAUGUCCGAUGACGUUUUCUCGUACUCAGGAUUAUGGGUUGCACAAAGCAUUCUUACCGUUAUUGGGAAGAGAGGUGCAAACGGUAGAUAUGAAUGUCGAGUAAAAACGGCGACUGAUUCGUCACCAAUUCUAACAUCCAAUGUUGAAGUCACUGUAAACGUAAGUCCAUACUCAGUUGAAAUGUCCACGUCAUCAUCCGGUGCCCCAGUAACUAAGGUUUCUAAAGUCGACGAUCGUUAUAAGCCUCAAAAUAGUGAACAUGAUAGAAAUUCCGGAGCAGUGGUUUACGCAGAAACUACAGAAGGCCAACCGUUAGUAAUUCGGUGCGCGGCCCGUGGAGCCCGUCCUCAAGCGAACGUGACAUGGUAUUAUUAUUAUAAGGAUCAAGAAAAUGACGACGACAAUGAUUACGGAAGUGGAAUAAAAAAUGAACAAAAUGUUCGUGCUCCUCCCGUUCAAUCGUCGAAGCACGGUGCACCCGUUAUGUUAGGCAACAGUCAGCAAAACGGGGGUUCUACAGCUAGGUCUCCCAGCGAUUAUUUGAUUUCGGAACAGCGGCGUAUGGAAGGUGGAGCAGAAAUUAUAGGCCCCGUAGAAAUAGCACAGCAUACUGAAUAUCAAGCUGAUGGCACCCGAGAUACGCACAGCCAAUUAUCAAUGUCACAACUUCAUCGCCAACAAGACGGUUCUAUUCUGCGGUGUGACGCAUUCAACAAUGUCGGUUCAUCGCCGAAUCAACCCCUCACUGUAAACAUGACAAUCCGAGUAAAAUAUAUACCAACUGCCUGGGUAGUUCCCAUUACUGACGGAGAAAAUUCUGGUGCGAUUGUAGAGGACGAAAUAAAAAAUGAAAUAGGUCAACAGCGUAAGGGAGGAGUCGAUGGUAGCAAUAAUGCCAACCCAAUUGUAACCGAUGCUUCUAAAGAUACAUACGAUGGAUUGCAUUAUCAAUCAAUUUUAUAUACUGUGGUGGUAAACGAAACUAAAGAGUUGAGGCUAAAUUGUGCGUAUCAUGCCAAUCCAGAUAAACUCCGAACACCUGUCAAAUGGUAUAGAGAUGGCAUUGAGUUACAACUAAUUGACGAAGAAGAACCUUCUUCAUCAAAUCACGGAUCAUCAGCAUCAUCUUAUGCAGCAGUAACACCAGCUACUGGUACUGGUACGCUAUCAGGAUCGUCAAGCGGUGCUAAUACUAGAUUUAACACGAAUACGAAUCCUAUGGGAAAUUCGGCAAAAUAUGCUCGAGUUAAAGGAUUGGCCAAUGGAAAUGGAGGCAUUCAUGGGGAUGGCAAUGGUGAAGACGCAACGGUGUUAGUGGUUAGGAGGUUAACACGUUAUGACUCAGGCCGUUAUGAAUGCCGGGUAAGAAAUUCAGUCGGGGCAGCCAAUUCUACAAAUUUUGCAAAUGUUCGUGUUCAGUAUACACCUAAGGUAAAACUGCACGUUAUCCUAGACGAUUCACUCGAUGAAAAUCAAACUUCGACAACAGCGAGUAGCAAUAUCAACAAUAAUAUGGUUGGAUCAAAUCCUGUUGUAUUAGAAUCAGAACAUCGCAACGUUACACUUCGAUGUGCCGUACAGUUAGAACAGGAUCAGCAAAACAUCGAAGACACCAACAGCGACCCCUCUUUGAACUUAACAUCUGUUCAUUGGUAUUGGAAUGGCGUACAAAUGCAGUUGCCCAACUGCACUAGAUCACCGGAUAGUAGUGAUAUUUUUGUAGACGAAGAUGACGGAGACAACGAAUUUGAUACUGAAAAUAAUGAGAAUGAAAAUAAUGCCAUGAAUUUUAACUAUGACACCAGUGAACCACAAAGAGAAGGAGAAUACGACACAUAUGCUGUUGAUAAUGACACGAGAAGACGCAAUAAAAAGCAAAGAAAAGUGGUGUGCACCGAUAGAGAACUUAUUUUAGUUAAUGUGACGAAAAAUAUACACGGAAAUUAUUCAUGUCGAGCCAAAAACGCCGCUGGUCUUCUUACUCCAAUGUCUGAUCAGACGCCUCUCAUCGUAUAUUUUGCUCCGGGACCGGUGACAUUGGAGUUCAGUCCACGACGAGUCAUAAAAGGAAGGAACGUUACCUUGCGAUGCAAUGCUCAAUUUCUUGGCCGGCCUCAACAUCCUACUCGUUACUCAUGGUUUCGCGAUGGACAUCCAUUUUACCAUCAAAACCAAGGACUAAUAAAUCCUAACAUAAAUUCUGGAACUGGAAUUAAUCUUGGCACCAACGGAAAUACUGGCGGAGGGAAUUUCAACCCCGAUUGGUUCGUCGAUCAUGUCUCAUUGGAAACCCGCGCUAAUUUCACCUGUUCUGCUUACAACGAAGGCGGAGUCACAUAUUCCGAACCUGUAUAUAUCGAGGUUUUUGCUCCGCCAAAUUACAUUACUGGACCUCCGCAAUACUUAGGAGUAGCUUAUAAUGCAACGCAUGUGAAUGCAUCGUGCACAGUUGAAUGUUAUCCUCAUUGUUCCGUGAACUGGUUACGCCGUGGUGUACUUAUCGAUCCAAUGAACAACCCAAAUGACAAAGAAAGAUAUUCAAUAUUGACGGAAUAUUUGCCGGCGGAACGGUUGAAAAACGAUUUCGAAGCGGUGCGCAGCACAUUGAUAUGGCGCAUGGACAACUGGCCAGGCGGUCGCGGUUUGGAUCCUAUAACAGACUCGACAGAAUACAGUUGCCGGAGCAGUGGUAAUGAAGUGGGACCGCCGGUGUCAGAAUCUAUAAUGAAUUUCUCUGUUGAAUAUCCUCCUGGAAACAUGACCGUCUCCAAAACGGUCGUGCACGUCAGUGAAGGUAACAUUCCGGAAAAAGUGUUUUGCCACGCCGAAGGUCGCCCUCAGCCCACUUUCGAGUGGCGUUACAUUGCCAGCACGAACAACUGGAACGUACCAGGAAACUCGUCUCAGUCGACCCAAUUGUCUUCCCAGCAAAGGCUGUUGUCUAUCGCCAACGCUGGGAACAGUGGUGUCGGCGGAGGCUCUGGAAGCGGUGGUAGCCAAAUUAACAACCAACAGUUGGUUUUAAACUCAGCUGUGGGUAGACAACAAGCUGGUUAUUAUGCCUGCGUAGCUCGCAACACACACGGAAACGGAACUGCGUACACUUAUUUGGAUGUCAUGUAUAAACCUAGUUGUCAACUUAGGAUGAUAACCGUUGACCAAUUUAAACAAGAAUCAUCAGCUAGUUUGACUGAUCAAUCUUCCGAAUUAGAGGAAUUUUUGUCUUCAUCUUCUGGUGAAAAGAGAAUACUGGUGUGUACAGCAACUGCAAAUCCAGGCCAAGUACAGUAUACGUGGACCAUAAGAAACUCGGGUCGCCAGAACGAUACAACAACAUCUUUGACUUCGGACUCUCCUGCAACUGAGAGGAUAAUCACUGUAUCAAUUGGAUCAUCGGGCAACAGUGGAUCGAAUGAAGUGGAUAAUAUCGGAAGUUAUAACCGGAGUAUACUAAUAUUACAAGAUAGACUGGAAGUGACUAACAACGAAGAUGAUGAUGAAGGAAGAGGUAGCGAUAAUAUACCUAACAAUGGAGCAUCAGAAGGCGUCAGGACAUAUGUGUGUACUGUAUACAACACUGUAGGAUCAGACCAGUGUAGCAUUCAAGUUCAAGCUGUCAGGGAAAGUGACGCUCCGUGGUGGAAACAGUUGUUGGCGACCAUAGGUUUGGGUGGGUUGCCAGUGAUGGUUGUCUUAGUGGCCUUGGUUGUGAUUUUGCUACUCAUUGUCAUCAUCGUCAUUGUUAUCCUGUUGCUGUUCGUUUGUAAGAACCGUUACAUUAAACCAGGCAACGGAGUGUCAGGAGGACGUCAGAAAUAUGUUAAACAAAAAUACCCUUCACUGACGGCGUAUAGGGUACCAGUCGUUUGGCGCCGGCACCGAGGCCGUGGCUUGCUAUUAAACAUAUCGAAAGUGCGACAAAAUCCCGAAGGCAGUGCCACGUCGACGAUAUCCGGUGCCAAUCCCGCGACCACACAGCAUUGUACAGAUCAGUCAGCGGCGAAUGUCCCGGGCAACCCUAAGCCCCCGCCCGGAUACGGUGACGAUCACUCAGAAUCGUUUUCCAGCCAGCGGACCGCAUCCGCCGCGAGCGUCGGCAAGUGGCCGCUCAAACCAGGCGUGUUGGUGCAUUCGAAACAGCAGCUGCACAAGUUGCAGUCGACUACUCACUCCCAAUCGGCGACGGGUGACACCGCGGACAGCGGACCUGUUGACAAGACCGUUUCCGACGAAAGUGACAAACACAAGUCGAAAAAAAACCAUACCGGUAAAGGAAAACCAGCGGCCGAGUGCAUUAUGUUGGCCAAUGAGACUCAGUCGGCGCGCGCGGCUCGUAUACGUCGCAUGAUGAUCGGAUCUAAUAAUAAUUUGGUGCCAAAAAAACCAUCACCCACGUCACCUCCUCCCGCGCCACCUGUCCGGCAGAGUUCGGAUAACGGCGCGUCCGGCGCGAAUAGAUGUCCUUCCGUAACAGAUUCGCGAGGUGGAGCCGGUCAGCAGCAGGACAACGAAUCCAAUUUGGGGGCGACGGGUGACUCGAAAGCCGCGUUCUACGAGAAUUUGCCGUUCCACGGAAUGCGACCGCCGCCCAAUCAGCCCUACAAACCGCCGGCGGCCAGCGGUUACGCGGAAGGCGGCGACAUGGAGUACGCCGACGUGGACUACCGUAAUAUGUAUUAUGGGCCGAUCAAUUACAAACAGUCGUCUUGAGACUCUCACCCCCUCUCGUCGCCGUCCUCGUCCUCUUCCUCUAAGUCCUCGAGCGCGCCUCCUCGUCGAUACGGUUUAUAAUGAUAAAAUAUUAUGACGUUUGGGUGAUAAUAAGACGCAUCGCCUCCGUUGUCGAUCGCAGGACACCGCGGCGUACAGCAGACAUUAUUAUAUUAUAGUUCACGCAUACCUACACGCCUACGAUUUUUUAAUUAACGAACAUUUUUCCUCUGUCAAACCUUAUUAUUCGGUACCACUACGCUCGUCCCGUUUUGUAACGUACUUAAAUUAUUGUUCUCACACAAAAUAUCGAUUCAGGUUCAUAGCUGUCCUAAAGUUCAAAUAAUUCACACACUCUCUUUCUCUCUCUCUCUCACACACACACACACACACACACACACACACACACACACACACACACACACACACCCACGCAUUCACACACACCACUCGAAGACACUACUCACACAUACAUACACAUUCACACAGACACAAAGGGCAUAGGGUGAAAAUAAAUAAUAACAAACAUUUAACUGAUCGUUAAUACAUAUUAUAUUAUAAUAUAAUAUUCGCACACAUCCUGAAAAAUAUGCGUGAUUACGCGAUCUUAAACAUUCUAUAAACUAACCAAUGAAUUUUAUUUACGCUAAGGGAGAGUUCGACGAUGGCAGUUCAGAAAAAAAUUUUUUUGGUUUAUCCCCCCUUAUAAUAAGUAUACGUCAAAAUUACCUGCAACGUCUGAAAAUAUGUUGUCCCACGCACUCCGACGGGAAUCCAAUUGAAUUAUUACAGUAGAACUAUGUUCCGCUUUUGUCUGCGACUUCUAUUGAAAAACUGUCAAAUUAUUACCAAACACACGUUGACAAUCUAUAAACGAAAUAUUCUGUUACUGUAUAUAGGCGUACCUAUACCUGUAAACGACAUAUUAAUAUUAUUAUUAUUACAUAUAUAUUUCGAAUUUCGAUCUACGAUCAUCAUAUUAUUACUACCUACUAAUUUAUGAUAUCUAUUGUCGUUGUAUUUCAUAUCUUUUGUAUAAAAUAUUUUAACGUUACCUAUAUAAUAUUAUAUGAUCUAUCGCUUUUAUUUACAGUUGUGAUUAUAUUGUUCGUUUAUUAACAAAUGUUACGUACGUGCCAUUUAUUAUUAUUAUAUUAUUAUUAUUAUUAUUAUUAUUAUUAUUAUCGUGUUGUUGUUAUAAUUUUUAGUCAAUUGCCACCGUUGUAUGACUAAUGACAUAAUAAGUAACGACGCGUAUAUUUCUUUCUUCACAUCUGAAAUAAAAAAAUAAUAAUACGUUGGUUUGACAUUCAUAAUCGUCGUCGCUCCUUGAAGUCUGCCGAGAAGCCAAAUGCCUCCCAUCUAAGUGUUUAAAUGUUUAUAUUUCAUUAAAAAUGUAUUAUUAUAAAGUAUAAUAGUGUUUCAGUAACAAAUUAUCGUAGAAAUAGUCUUAGUAUAAUAAUAAAUAAUAAUAAUAAUAAUAAAUACAAAUCGAUAUUGUAGAUGUAUGUUUUAACAGACGGUUUUUAAAUAGUUUGGUAAGUCGAAUACACGAAUAAUAAUCUAUUAAUUAAUUAUAAUUAUAAUAAUUAUGAUCAUGUUUUAUACACAUCACAUACGAAGACCGUCUGUCGUUAGUAGAAAUUAUAUUAUACUAUAUUAUUAUAUGAUACUAUUAUGUAUUUCCGAACAAAUUAUAAUUGUCUUUGUGCACCCACGUGAGUGUGUGAAUAUAUAUGUAUGUGUAAAUUGUAAAAUGUAUUGUGUUAAAUAGUAGAGACUGCUGGUUACCACCACCGUGGCGACGGUAUAUUAUUAUUAAUUUUGUUGACAAUCAAUUAAAACGUAUGUUAACUUAUUUUUUAUCGAAGUUUAUGCCCAUAUAAAUAUAUAUUAUAUAUAUAUAUAUACAAACACAUAUUAUAUUUUAUUUAUUUAUCCCUGAUAUGCCCAUAUUAUAAUUCUAUCGUGUUGUUACAAUAUAAUGAUCGAUGCCUCUUAUAGGCGUUGGUAACGAUGAUUGAUCCCUUACCAACCUAUAGGGUGUACCGUCUGUAUAAUAUAUAGAGGUGCUGUAUGUCCACCUGUCGUUAUCAUCUAUCUGUCUAUAUACCCUUUUAUAUUAUAAUUAUUAUGAUAUUAACUUCUAUUUACUACGUAUAGUAUCAAAAAAGUAUGAUAUAAUAUUAUAUAUUUUGUAUUAUCGUAAUUGAUAAAUUUUCCCUUCGGACUAACAAAAUAACCUAGUUUUAUUCGUUAAUUAUUGUUGUACUACUGUAUUUGUUUUUAUUAUUUAUGUGUCUAAGUUCACACCUGUAAUUUUACUAUCAUACAAUUAAAAUUACUAUUAUUAUCAAUAUUAUUAUUAUUAUUAUUAUUAUUAUUAUUAUUAUUAUUAUUUUGCAUUUUUACAUUAACACGCGGCAUUUACGAUUAAUAUAUGUUCUUAUUAUAUUCGUAUUGCGGUAAUUGAAGGGUGGUGGAACCUCCGCCGUUUGUAUUCUAGUCAUUAUUUACUAAAUAUAUAAUUAUUAUAUCCUGUAUACCCCCCAAAGGCAUUGACGCUUGCGACAAAACGACU